CCCUGUGUCACAGUAGGUGCUGACACAAAAAUAUUUUCACUGCUCAAUGACCCAAAGUGCAGGGUAAUGGACCAAAAAAUGUAGCUCUCCGCCGGCAAGUGGUGGCGUCUCCAAAUGAUUGAAAAAUUUUCGAGAGGGACGGUAAACAACAUACAAUCAAUGAAUCAGAAAGACUGAUGACAAAAAGGGUGUAAACUAUAUUUUAUUUAAAUCCUCUUUUGGUGUACCUUUUAUUUUAUGUUAUUGAAUUUUCUUUGCCUAAAGAAAAGGGAAGAUGUCGGAAGAUAUGAGAGGCUCAGAGAAUUUCCUGUAAGACCAUAUCAAAAGGAAAAGAACGGUGUUGUCGUUGGCAAUGAACCUAAAAAAUCUCAAAAACCAAGAGUUUCUCUCAAAACAUGCAUUGUUAUUUUCGUCAGUAUAUGUCUCAUUGUCGGCUUUGUAACGAUGGCAUCACUGUUUGCUGUUAAGCUCAAUAAUAAUUAUGGAAACAAUGUUGUACUAGAGGAUCAGAAAAGAAUCAUCGAACUAAACCAGUCACUGCAGCUGCAAACAAGCCGUUUAAAAAAUAUAAUUGAGUCUCCACACUUAUGGUCAACCAAUGGAAGGUCCAUUUACAUAUCAUUUCUCAGCCGUUUGACUUGGACACAGUCUCAGGCUUGGUGCUCUGGUAUUGGUGGAAAAUUAGCAGAAAUUGAAACCGAAAAAGAGAAUGAUUUUAUUGUGAACAACUCUUUGAGUGAGGCAACCACCGUUGGGGAUGGUGUAUGGGUAGGCGGCACAAACAAAGAGACCGAGGGACUUUGGAAGUGGGCGUCUACAAAUACAAAUAUAACAUUCUUCAACUGGAAAGAAAAUGAACCAAACAAUUAUCUCGAACAAGAAAACUGUCUGGAACUAGCAGGGAUGGAGGGGUGGUUAUGGAAUGAUAAUUAUUGUGAGCACAGCUUGAGAUUUCUAUGUGAAUUCGUUAAGGGUAAUUAAAUAUCUGACUCUUAUUUCUAGAAAGGAGUAUUUUUCUGCAUUUUCAUAUUUAUAUCCUUUGUACAUGUUUUUCUCGAAUGUUGCCAUAAAAGAUACCAAUUUUUUUUUUA